CCCUCCAAGUUAAUUGAUUUUAUUUUCAAUUUUCCAAAUUUCUAGUUUUAAACGAAUGUCGUGAUCUUAGAAACCUCCACCGUCACAGUCUCAUAUCAUUUCUUCUUCGUUGCCGUCUCGUAUUAACAUCGAUUUACAGCUUCUAGACAUAUAUUUGGAAAAGUCGUUAGACAUUUCCUUCCUUCAAUAACUUAAACAGAAAGUUCUAGAGAGAAGACUAUGGCCCCCUUAAUCAAUUAUAGAAUCAUUUUCGUUUUACAGAGAGAUUAAUUAGAGGACAAAGGGAUUGAGAGAGGAAGAGAAAGGCAAUGGGGCCAGGAGCAGCGUUGACUAUGGCGGCAAAACAAGCAGAGGAAUUGAGAAAACAUGGAAACACUUAUUUCGGCAAAAACCGAUUUGGUGCUGCAAUCGAUGCUUACACUGAGGCAAUUACUCUAUGCCCUAAUGUUCCUGUGUAUUGGACGAAUCGGGCUCUCUGUCAUCGGAAACGGAAUGAUUGGGCGAAAGUUGAAGAGGAUUGUCGCAAAGCUAUUCAACUUGACAGUAAUUCUUUCAAGGCCCACUAUAUGUUAGGACUUGCAUUACUACAGAAGGACAACUUAUCUGAAGGGGUGAAGGAAUUGCAGAAGGCUCUGGAUCUUGGUAGGGGUGCAGGUCCAAAGGGUUAUAUGGUGGAAGAGAUCUGGCAAGAGCUAGCAAAAUCAAAAUACAAGGAGUGGGAGCAAGCAUCUACUAAGCGAUCAUGGGAACUACAAAACUUGAAAGAAGCCUGUGAGAAUGCUCUCAAGGAAAAACAUUUCCUCGAUGACUUUCAAACAGAAGGAUUUUUAGAUGAAACAUUUGCUUCCCAUGUGAAACAGUUGGAGGAUUUAGGACAAGUGUUUGAGAAAGCUGCAGAAGAUGACACGCCAACUGAGGUGCCGGAUUACCUAUGUUGUAAAAUUACGCUUGAUAUUUUCCGUGAUCCUGUCAUUACUCCAAGUGGAAUUUCAUAUGAGAGAGCAGUAAUCCUUGACCAUCUUCAGAAGGUAGGGAAGUUUGAUCCGGUUACACGAGAACCCCUUGAUCCGUCUCAGCUAAUUCCUAACUUGGCGAUAAAGGAAGCAGUCCAAGCAUAUCUUGAUAAACAUGGUUGGGCUUACAAGAUGGAACUAAAUUGAUUGUUUUUGAUAACUUCAUAUUUUGAGUGUGAGGGACUAAAUGGUUAUAGUGCAGACCUGAUUCUCUCAGAACUUAACUUUUGGUAGCAGUAUCUCAAGUGUGCAGCAUCGAUCAUGUCUGAUAAUGUAUUUUUGUGCAUGUGCUUCAAAGUGUGUUGUUUGAUGCCCCAACUGUAUGAUCUUUUGAAUUUGUACAUAUAUUAUGCUCUAAAUUAUUGCCUGCUGCUUGUACAUAAAUUUACUGCAGCCUAUUUUAUCAGGGUAA